GGCCGGUAGCCGGCAAGUCGCGCCGCCUUCAGCACCGGAUCCGUCGUCCCCGACAGCCGCAGCAGCAACUUUACUACCCCCCCGCGUCGUGGGACACGCGCACACCACACUUCAGGAACUGUUAGCACCGAUCAAAAGAAGGUGGCUCAGCUGUGCGCAGCCUAUAGACAAUGUCCGAAGAUUCUGACUCUAUAUCAGAGGAAGAAAGAAGUUUGUUCCGUCCGUUCACGCGGGAGUCCCUGGCAGCGAUCGAGGCUCGCAUCGCCGAGGAAGAGGCCAAGCAGAGGGAGCUCGAGAAGAAGAGAGCGGAAGGCGAGGGAGGUUUUGGACGGAAGAAAAAGAAAAAAGAAGUACGAUAUGACGACGAGGACGAGGACGAAGGUCCUCAGCCGGAUCCGAUGUUCGAGCAGGGAGCGCCGAUCCCGGUCCGACUGCACAACGAAUUUCCAUCCGAGUUGGCCUCCACACCUCUCGAGGAUAUUGAUAGCUUCUACCAUAAUCAAAGGACCUUCGUCGUCAUUAGCAAGGGAAAGGACAUAUUCAGGUUCUCAGCGACGAAUGCGAUGUGGUUGCUCGACCCGUUCAACCCUAUACGACGUGUGGCCAUUUACAUAUUGGUUCACCCGCUCUUUUCCCUCUUCAUCAUCACUACGAUAUUGGUUAACUGUAUACUCAUGAUCAUGCCCACCACGCCCACCAUCGAGUCCACCGAAGUGAUAUUUACGGGCAUCUACACAUUUGAGUCCGCCGUUAAGGUGAUGGCGAGGGGUUUCAUUCUGCAACCUUUUACCUAUCUUAGAGAUGCAUGGAAUUGGCUCGACUUCGUAGUUAUAACUUUAGCUUAUGUGACGAUGGGCAUAGAUCUAGGCAACCUUGCCGCUCUCAGGACAUUUCGAGUCCUCCGAGCCUUGAAGACUGUCGCUAUUGUACCAGGUCUGAAAACCAUUGUCGGCGCUGUGAUAGAAUCCGUGAAGAACCUGCGUGAUGUGAUAAUCCUGACGAUGUUCUCCCUCUCCGUCUUUGCGCUGAUGGGCCUUCAGAUUUACAUGGGGGUCCUCACGCAAAAGUGUAUAAAGAACUUUCCUGAGGACGGCUCCUGGGGUAAUCUCACCGACGAAAAUUGGAAGCGGUUUGUUAGUAAUGAAACUAAUUGGUACAUGGACGAAGCUAAAAAUAUACCGUUGUGCGGAAAUAUUUCGGGGGCGGGGCAGUGCCUUCCCGGCUACACGUGUUUACAAGGGUACGGCACUAAUCCGAAUUAUGGCUACACGAGCUUCGACACCUUCGGUUGGGCAUUGCUCUCCGCCUUUCGUCUUAUGACACAGGACUACUGGGAGAAUCUGUACCAACUGGUGCUACGAUCGGCCGGACCGUGGCAUAUGCUCUUCUUUAUCGUAAUCAUCUUCCUCGGAUCCUUCUAUCUUGUGAACUUGAUCCUCGCUAUUGUCGCGAUGUCGUACGACGAAUUGCAAAAGAAAGCUGAGGAGGAAGAAGCCGCCGAGGAAGAGGCCAUGAGAGAAGCCGAAGAGGCUGCACUCGCAAAAGAGAAUAAGCUCGCAGCGCAGGCCGCGGCACGGGAAGCCGCAGCCGCGGCAGCAGUCGCCGCGGAGCAAAUUGUUAAGUCUCCUUCGGAUUUCUCAUGUCACAGUUACGAAUCGUUCGUUGGUCAAGAGAAAGGCAACGACGACAACAAUAAAGAGAAGAUGAGCAUACGGUCGAUCGAGUCCGCUAGCGAUCCGAGGCACCUCAAGCAGAUCAACAACAACCACAGCGCUGCCAAUAAAGUGCGGAAAGUCAGCGCCGUUCCUCGCGCCGCUAAUGGCCAGUUUACUUAUGCCUACCAGGAAAGUCUGCGGAAGGCGAGCCUGAGCCUACCCGGCUCACCGUUCAAUCUGCGUCGCAGCAGCCGUGGCAGCCACCAGUUCACGAUACGGAAUGGUCGAGGCAGGUGUUUCGUGCCUCCGGGUGGCGACCGGAAGCCCCUCGUGCUGUCGACGUACCUGGACGCCCAGGAGCACCUACCCUACGCCGACGACUCGAACGCGGUCACGCCGAUGUCCGAGGAGAACGGCACGAUCGUGGUGCCGGUGUACUACGCGAAUCUCGGCUCGCGUCAUUCAUCCUACACCUCACACGCUUCGCGGCUCUCCUACACGUCCCACGGCGACCUGGCCUUCCCCGGUAUCCGCGGCAUCGACAGCAUCGGCAAGCAGAUCACCAAGCAGGAGCAGAUCCUCAGGAACAGAAACAACAAGCAGACGACGCCUGCCAACGGCCAUGUCACCGACACCAAUCAGAAGUACCAUUUCGAGGCCGAUCUGGAGGAUCCCAUGGGCAAGACCAAGCAGCAAGACAAUCCGUUCAUCGAGCCAUCGCAGCAGCACGCCGUGGUCGACAUGAAGGACGUGAUGGUGCUGAACGACAUCAUCGAGCAGGCUGCCGGCCGCCAGAGCCAGACACCGGAGCAAGGAGUUUCGACCUAUUACUUUCCGACAGACGACGAUGAAGAAGAGCCUACAUUCAAGGACAAGUUAGUGGCCGGAAUGUUCCGUUGUAUCGACAUCUUUUGCGUCUGGGACUGCUGUUGGCUCUGGCUCGAGUUUCAGAAGUACGUGUCCUUCUUGGUCUUUGAUCCAUUCGUAGAACUCUUCAUUACACUCUGCAUCGUCGUCAAUACGCUCUUCAUGGCGUUGGAUCACCACGACAUGGACAAAGAUAUGGAGCGAGUGCUCAAAUCCGGCAAUUACUUCUUCACGGCGACGUUCGGUAUAGAGGCGACCCUGAAGCUGGUAGCGAUGAGCCCGAAAUAUUAUUUUCAAGAGGGUUGGAACAUCUUUGAUUUCAUCAUCGUCGCUCUCUCGCUUCUGGAACUGGGUUUGGAAGGCGUGCAAGGUCUGUCGGUCUUACGAUCCUUCAGAUUGCUGAGAGUGUUCAAGCUGGCUAAAUCGUGGCCUACGUUGAAUCUGCUGAUUUCCAUCAUGGGCAGAACGGUGGGCGCGUUGGGUAAUCUAACGUUCGUGUUGUGCAUUAUCAUCUUCAUCUUCGCCGUGAUGGGCAUGCAGCUCUUCGGCAAGAAUUACACCGACAACGUCGACCGCUUCCCGGACGGCGACCUGCCUAGAUGGAACUUUACCGAUUUCAUGCACUCUUUUAUGAUCGUUUUCCGCGUGUUGUGCGGAGAGUGGAUCGAGUCCAUGUGGGACUGCAUGCUGGUCGGCGACGUCUCCUGCAUACCAUUCUUCUUGGCCACCGUCGUCAUCGGUAACUUGGUCGUCCUGAAUCUCUUCUUAGCUCUGUUGCUCAGCAACUUCGGCUCGUCGAAUCUGUCAGCUCCGACUGCGGACAACGACACGAACAAGAUCGCGGAGGCGAUCGACCGAAUAGCACGUUUCAUUAAAUGGAUCAAGCAAAAUAUUCUUAACGUCUUAAAGUUGAUGCGAGCCAAACUCACCAAUCAGAUAUCCGAUCAGGCGCCAGGUGAGGGACCGUCCAACAGUUGGAAAGAAGAUGGAAUUGAUCGCGAUGGGGACCUAGAUCUUGCAGAUGGAGAAUUGGACGCGUACAGAGACAAGAAGAGCGCCAAAGAGCUCAACCAGCUUGAGGUUGCGAUUGGCGACGGGAUGGAGUUUACUAUCCAUGGAGAUUUGAAAAACAAGCUGAAGAGGGGCAAGCUGUGCAUGAACAACACGAAAGUCAUCGCAAAUUCGAUAAACCACCACGAUUAUAGGCUGGAUAACGAUUACAUUAAUCAGAACGAAGAUGACACCAUCAGUAACAAAUCCUAUGGCAGCCACAAAAACCGGGCAUUCAAGGACGAGAGUCACAAGGGCAGCAUGGACUCGCUGAACGGCGAGGAGAAGAAAGACGCGAGUAAAGAGGAUCUCGAGCAGGAAGAAGAUUUGGAAGAUGAGGGCGAAGAAGGAGAGGAACUUGACGGCGAGAUCAUACACGCGGAGGACGAUCCUAUUCAAUCGAAUUACCCCACCGACUGCUGCCCGGAGAAUUGCUACAAGAAGUUUCCAUUUUUGGCCGGCGAUGACGACGCACCAUUCUGGCAAGGCUGGGCGAACCUGAGGUUGAAGACGUUCCAGCUGAUUGAGAACAAGUACUUCGAGACUGCCGUCAUUACCAUGAUCCUUCUGAGUAGCUUGGCCUUGGCUUUGGAGGACGUUCAUCUUCAACAACGACCUAUACUGCAGGACAUAUUGUACUAUAUGGACAAAAUAUUCACUGUGAUCUUCUUCAUCGAGAUGUUGAUCAAGUGGCUGGCUCUAGGGUUCAGGAAAUAUUUCACUAAUGCCUGGUGUUGGCUCGACUUUAUCAUCGUCAUGGUAUCGCUCAUUAACUUCCUAGCGUCGCUCUGUGGCGCUGGCGGGAUUCAAGCCUUCAAAACAAUGCGGACCCUAAGGGCCCUAAGGCCACUCAGGGCGAUGUCUAGAAUGCAGGGGAUGCGGGUAGUCGUUAACGCUUUGGUCCAAGCCAUUCCAUCCAUCUUCAACGUAUUGCUGGUAUGCCUUAUUUUCUGGCUUAUAUUCGCUAUCAUGGGGGUGCAGCUAUUUGCUGGCAAAUAUUAUAAGUGUGUUGACGUGAACAAGACGACACUCAGCUACGAGAUAAUACCGGACCGUAACGCCUGCUACGCGGAGAAUUACACGUGGGAGAACUCGCCGAUGAACUUCGACCACGUCGGCAAAGCGUACCUGUGCCUAUUCCAAGUGGCGACUUUCAAAGGAUGGAUCCAGAUCAUGAACGACGCGAUCGACUCUAGGGAGGUGAACAAGCAGCCGAUUCGUGAAACGAACAUUUACAUGUAUCUCUACUUCGUGUUUUUCAUUAUAUUUGGAUCGUUUUUUACUCUCAACCUGUUCAUCGGAGUGAUCAUCGAUAACUUUAACGAGCAGAAGAAGAAGGCCGGCGGCUCCCUCGAGAUGUUCAUGACGGAAGAUCAGAAGAAAUACUACAAUGCCAUGAAGAAAAUGGGCAAUAAGAAGCCUCUGAAAGCCAUUCCUCGACCAAGGUGGCGGCCGCAGGCGAUAGUGUUUGAAAUAGUGACGGACAAAAAGUUCGAUAUGAUAAUCAUGCUGUUCAUCGGGCUGAACAUGCUCACGAUGACACUGGACCAUUAUCAACAGAGCACAACGUUCAGCAACGUUCUGGACUAUCUCAACAUGAUAUUCAUUGUGAUAUUCACCAGCGAGUGUCUCAUGAAGAUCUUCGCGCUGCGUUACCACUACUUCAAGGAGCCGUGGAACCUCUUUGAUUUUGUUGUUGUUAUAUUGUCAAUAUUAGGUCUGGUGCUCAGCGACAUUAUUGAGAAAUACUUCGUGUCACCGACAUUGCUUCGCGUAGUGAGGGUGGCAAAGGUCGGUCGUGUGCUUCGACUCGUGAAAGGUGCCAAGGGUAUUCGAACCCUUCUCUUCGCCCUGGCGAUGUCGUUGCCAGCCCUCUUCAAUAUUUGCCUACUGCUGUUUUUGGUGAUGUUCAUCUUCGCGAUAUUCGGGAUGUCUUUCUUCAUGCACGUCAAGGACAAGAGCGGACUGGACGACGUGUACAACUUCAAGACGUUUGGACAGUCGAUGAUACUGCUGUUUCAGAUGUCAACGUCGGCUGGUUGGGACAGCGUUCUCGACGGUAUAAUAAACGAGGAAAACUGCCAGGAGCCGAACAACGAGAUCGGCUAUCCGGGCAACUGCGGCUCCUCGACAAUCGGGAUCGCUUAUCUGCUCUCGUACCUCGUGAUCAGCUUUCUGAUCGUCAUUAACAUGUACAUCGCCGUGAUCCUCGAGAAUUACUCGCAGGCGACCGAAGAUGUGCAGGAAGGCCUGACGGACGACGAUUAUGACAUGUACUACGAGAUCUGGCAGCAAUUUGACCCAGACGGCACGCAAUAUAUCAGAUAUGACCAGUUGUCAGACUUCCUAGACGUAUUGGAACCCCCGUUGCAGAUACACAAGCCCAAUAAAUAUAAGAUCGUGUCGAUGGAUAUCCCCAUAUGUAAGGGAGACCUUAUGUUUUGCGUGGAUAUCCUCGAUGCCCUCACUAAGGACUUUUUUGCGCGGAAGGGUAAUCCAAUCGAAGAGACAGGCGAUCUGGGAGAGGUACAGGCGCGGCCGGACCAGGUUGGUUACGAACCGGUCUCGUCCACUCUCUGGCGGCAGCGCGAGGAAUAUUGCGCCCGUCUGAUACAGAACGCCUGGCGGAAGCACAAGCAGCAACGUCAGGGUGGGCCGAGCGAGGAGAGCGACGAUCCGGACACGGACCCGCGGGUCCGGCAGACCGCGGUGUUGGUCGAGAGCGACGGUUACGUCACGAAGAAUGGUCACCGCGUCGUCAUUCACAGCCGAUCGCCGAGCGUCACCUCGAGAACUGCGGACGUCUGAUCGCCAUCGUCGUCGUCGCUGCCGCCGCCGCCGCAUCCACCACCGCUGCUGCCGCCAUCGCCGCCGCCGUAGCUAUCAUCGUUGCUAUCGCCGCCGCAACCACCGCCGCUAUUGCCGCCGCAACCACCGCCGCCGUCCGUGCGCCGCAAAUCGUUCUACUACAGCAGCCGCAGCCGCAGCCGCAGCUGCAGCAGUAGCAGCAGCAGCAGCAGCAGCAGCAGUCGACGACGAUGAUCAUGCACCGUCAGCCGCUCGCACUGCUCGCGCGGAGUAGUGGCCGGGCGGGCACCUCGCGUGCGCUCUCCAUCGACAGCCUUAUAGUUGUAUAAAAAUAACAUUCCUCCAACGAGUUGCCUUUAAUCGACUUUAAUCGAGCCACGACCGUUGGGAGAGAGAGACACGUCGCUAGUUAAACGAGCGUCCGUACGAGGUAACAUUACGAAGGAGACUGCGACUGCGACUCCGAAAUUUCGGGAAUGGAAGAAGGGUGCGCCGCUCUCGUUCUGCUAACCGCCAGGUCGAUCAGCACGCAGUUCCUCAGGAUCGGCUUCGCGGUCUGCCGUGGCGUCCAGAUCGAGAAGAAGCGAGCGCGGGAACACGUCACAGAUUCAGGACAUGGAAGUGAGCGGAAGAAAGAAGAAACAGAGAGAGAAAGAAAGAGAAGAGAGACGCAGAAGACGUGGAAGAACACGAGGGGAUGGAGGCGUCGCGACGUCCUCUCCGAGUCGACUUCCCCUCAUUGAAACUCGUGAGGGCGACAUCGCGACGCGUGCAGAUGCCGUCUCCAUCCUCGGUGAGCUUCACCUCCGUUCCUCGUCGUCCAGUGGAGAAACGAAAGAGCAAAACGACGAUGGCCGCGCGUCGAGGCGGCGCGCGAGCAAAUCGGCAGCGCGAUCUCUCGUCCACGCCACCUUGUACACAUUGUCAGCUCAAUCUCGCGAAUCUCUAUCCGCCGUUUGGAUUUUUUACACCGUUUUACAGCAGUACCCGCCUACUCGCCUACCCGCGCGACGCCUCGGACGGCGCCGCCGUUGUCGGGCGGAAACGUGAAUGGAACGAAGGAAACGACGUAGGGAUGAAGAAACGCGAUAGAACGAUAAGGACGAUAAUAAUGAUGAUGAUGUCGAUGAUACCGACGUACGCUGAUCACUCUCGAUUAACGACGAAAAAGACGAGCGAAGGAAGGUUCGCGGACGGAAGGACUCAUUCGUGAAAUCAAGUGUACGCGUAGUAGUACCACAUUCGCUCGGCUUGUGCAUCUCUCGCGGAACGGUGCGCGAAUGCUUGAUCGCGCCGCUUUGUUCCAACUCCCCUCGCCCGCCCCUUUUCAGGCCCGUUUCUCUUCUCUCGAGGGUUUUGCGCCACGCAACCACGCAAUCCGUCGGUCCCGAAGGGGUCCGUGCAAGUGCACGUAUUCGCCAUUCUACGCGACGCGGAUCGAAACCCUCGGACAACGCUCUAUCCACGAUGUUUGACUGUGGAUUUUAGAGUUUCACAAAGUUACAUCCCUUAAUAAUUAAUCAGUUCGUGCGCCAGAUCUGCGUCUCUUUCUCCGGCUUUUUUACGAUCAUGUUCGCCGCGUACACGAGGCUCCGUCGACAUUUGGUCCCUUUCCGGGGACGGAAACUUGCGUCGUCAUUCCCGUUUCUUCUCGUCGACUUUUCACGGAUUUACUUGUGAUUUUAUUUACCUGUAUCUACCUACUCGCCUCUCUGUCCCUCCGCUCUUUCGCCGCCCUUCCUACACUUCCCCCUUUCGACCCUUUCCGGUCGCGACGACUACAUCGCGAUUGUACGUAAGCAAUCGCGUCGAAAGAAAGUGCAUCGGCCUCUAAAAUUAAUGAAGCAAAGAAAAGAGAAAGCGGGGAUCAUUAAUUAUUUGACAGACGGUCGAAGGGGACGGAGAGGGGGGACGCGAUUCCGCAGUCAUCUCAUCUCAGCUAGAUAUUUACACAUUUGCAAAACUUACACGCAAUCUUACACGACGUAGUAAACGCGCUUUGCGCUUCGCGAAUAAAUGAAUUAAUACAUUCUAGUGUAUCGUUAUUCGAAUAAUCGAUAUCGAUCGCCGCGUGCGUGCGCCCGCGUAAACCCGUCUCACAGUCCGUUAACGUCGAGGAUAUUUUACCACGGGGUAAUUGUUAUAAUUAUUAUUAUUAUUAUUAUUAUUAUUGUGUCGAUGGUGCACAACGCGAAGCUCGCGCAAAAUUCGAUUUGACUGGCGCAGCUAACUGAAGAAACAGAAAAGUACUCACCGUACGUACGUAGUCUGAUCGCUCCAAAAUGCAUCGCUCUCCCUAUUGGCAAGGAUGUGAGCUCUACGAUCGCGUAUUUCCAAAAGCCUGAAAAAAUGAACACGGGAAAUAACAUUAGAGGACAAAAGAAUUCUAUAUAGAAAAAUUUUAUAUACGGCAAAUCGGAUCACGUAGCAUCCGCGCUAAUCGUUACAAUGAGAACUCUACGUUGUGCCUUUUGAACAGCAGCGCUCUCGGGCCGGCUGGAACUUUCGGUUUCCCGUUUAAUCGCACCGCUGUACAUGCAUUGCUCGGCUCGAAUCGCGGUCCCGAAAGCGCGGCGCACAGACCCGUCGAAGCUGCGCCCGCUUCGUUCCCCAUCGCUCGCGGACGCGCGAGCGUGGUAUUUUUAACGGCGCCGAAUCGGCGCGUUCCGGUCGGCGGAUCGAUGUACGCAGAAUUAGACGGGUUUACGCAGACACAGACUUCGCGCGGAAUCGCGCAGGGAUCCACGUCGACCUUACUGUCGCCGCAUCUGUCAAAGUCGAGCGUGUCCCGGUGCUCGAGUCGACUUGGUCCGACGUCACCAUGACGGAAAGAAUACGCGUGGUUCCGCAGGACCGGAAAAGGUUUCCUUUUUAAUUCUCAGCGUAAUUCCCCUCGCGACAUCGCAGCAUCGCCAAGCAACAGUGGCUUUUCUUAUUUCAAGCCGACUCACGGCACGAGUAUGCACGCGUUGCAGCCUGCGUAUUCUUUCCACCGUGGACGUUACCGCAGUCGUCAUCGCGAUUCCGCCACGAAGCGAGCAGCAAUCAUUUCGCCUCCGCGCAACCCACACACCCAGAUCACCAAGGCAAAUUGCGAACGUGUGUUUACACAAUUUCUACACGGAGAUCAGAGUUUAUUAUAUAACGCGUGACGACGAUGACGACAUUGCUGACUUUGCAACGGGCGUGUCCGUUAAGACGCGUUACACGCGUGCGAAACAGAGGGAAAGAAAGAGAGAAAGAAAGAGAGAGAGGGAGAAACAGAAUUGAAGCGAACAGAGCGCCCGCGUCUUUCUUCCUUUGACAUUUUAUUAGUCACAUCGAAUAAAAACAGCUGUUCCAAGCAAUCUGUCUGCGAACGGUGCAUUUUUCUUCGGCACGCUGCUAUCCUUCCCCCUGAAAUGUCGGCCGGAAGACAGUCUCACGAGCGCGUCUCGCUUCGCACGCACACCGAGCGAACGUUCCGUCGUCGUCGAAUUAACGAGAGCGUUAUCACAGUCACGCGGCGGUGAGCUUGAGUAGGCGGCGAGAGAUACCUACGACAAAAAGAAAAAGAGGAAAAAAAAACAGAAAACCGAGAGAAAGAGAGAGCAAGAGAGAGAGAGAAAGACGUAUGCGUGUGUGCGUGCGUGUAUGUAUGUGCGUGUGCGUCAAUGCGGAUUGCGCGACCGUUAUUUUUCUACGUCCACAUCCGCGAUCCGCGGAGGGUCGGUAAGGGCGGAGAAAAGGGACGUCGGGGAAACGGACGCGCGCGGGUCGAGAGGGACAACGACGAGGAAGCGGCAAGCUGCUGCCGACUCUCCAGAGGCGGCGACGCGCGCCGACAGGAAGUUGACGUAUGGGAGGGUGACGAUCGCUCAGAUUCACGAGAGAGAAGAGAGAUAGAAAGAGAGAAGAUUUUCUCGCUGGUCGAGAACGCGAGCGGUCGAGCCUCGUGACUCGCUCGGCGGCAAAAGCUGAAGCUUGUGGACUUGAGGCGCAAAAGAGAGGACAAGAGUGAAGAGUGACACAAGUGAGACAAUUAGAGAAUGACGCAUGUGAGAAACUUUCAGUAUUUUGCAGCUACAAAAAGGAAAAGAUGAAACGAGAGGAGGGGAUGGGGAUCGUUCGCAAAUAAUUACAAGUAAUCCACGCGCUACCGUCGUGCUCGCUUUGACAAAACUCUUAGGAGAGCCAGUCCGAUAUAUUAAUGUCCUUUUCUACGUAUAUUUAUAAUUGCAAUUCACGAAUCUCGAUCGCGGAUCACAUUCGAUGAUUUUGCGUCGCAGUUAGAGAGAUCGCUUCAAAUGUACCGCUAAAAAUUAAACAAUGAAUUAUUCAAGGAGUAUACAAAUAUAUAACACAUAUACACACAUACACACACACACACACACACACACACACAUAUAUAUAUACACAUACAACAUAUAUAUUCAAAGAGAGAUCUAUGAAAGUGAAACGAUGCAAGUGACACAAAGGAUGCGCGCAUUCAUUUCGUAUUCGAGGCGCAUUUAAUUGACGGUCUUCGAGACCGCGUUCCGCUAACGUUAACGUCGCUUUUGCUCCGUGUCUAAGAGAGAAAGAAAGAGAGAGAGAGAGAGAGACGGGCGGGAAAGAAAAUAUUUUUUAUUGCAUAUCCGUAAAAAUAGUUGCUCGGACGCGGUGCGUGCAGCAGCCGCGCAGCUGCGCGUACCCGCAUCUCGCUCCGUUCGUUCGGGAACGAUCGUCAUUCCCCAUCUUCGCGUUUUGUAUCGCCGGCCUUCCCCGGUUUCCGAGUGUUCGGUCGUUUUGCAUCGACGUUGUCCCUCGGAAACGCGGCGUCCCGGAAGCGCGACAGACGACGACGACGAUGACGACCUGCUGGAUAACCGUCGAUCGUUCUUACUGUAUCAACUAUAAAAUGGUUCGAUGGUCCGUCCGGCUCACUGUCCCGUACCUCCGAGCCCCCCUCCCCGCCCCCUCUUCAGUUUGGCCUCCUCUCCCGUGCUGUAAUACGUGCAAAUAAUUCGAUAAUAAUCAAAUCGCUCGUACUCGUGAUAAUAUAUAUUUUCGAUACUACAUUCGCGCGUCGCGGACGACCAUGGACAACCGGGCACGCGUCGAGUACGUAAUACACGCGUCAGUGGAGACGCUGAAGAGCGACGCGAGGAUACGACCUAUCGCGUGCAAAUUUACAUCGAUGGGCAUUGAUUAACGUGAAUUGGCGAUCCUGCUCGUCUUUGAUCCGAGAAACCUGUCCCUCGAGGAGACCUUGACCGUUUCUUUCUGGAGACAGGCCUGAGAGAAGACAAGCUAUCGGUUACAAAUGUCGCUCGACUUUACCUGAUACCUCUGCAGGAAUAAUAUACGAGGGUGCGUUCGCCAAUGAAAUAUUUCGCCGCGAUGGCCGCGCAAUUCACGCUUGUCGCCCGCGCAACGGGCUCCCGCGUGGGUCCCGAUGUAAAUUUGUACGGGACGGGGCUUAAUAAACGCGACGAACAGCCGAACGGACGGCCACAAUCUCCGGAAACGCCUCCUUGACGACCUGCAUCACGAGUGCAUCGUCCUUCCCCGCGGAGGCGUGCACGGGGAGAGACGCGCCGCGCAGAGACAGCACUUAGACGACUCGCUUUUUCACAAUCGUCUCGACUGAGUCAUCUAAAGUGAAGGGAUAAAAAAAGGAAAACGAAUCGAAGGCGGAAAAAAUGAAUCAUGCGAGUGACGACGAGAAGACCAGGGCCGUUCUCUAUUUUUGCGCACGAUCUCCGCGCUCGAUCGUCUGCGAUGGAUCCAUCGCGCCGCGCGUAAACGCGUGAUUCAUAAUAUCACGAAUAAUUCGCUGGAGAGCUCUUGCGCAGAAUUCGAGUCCGCACAGCUACCGUAUCUCUCGCGAUGUAGCUCGCGAUAUAUAAUACAACGUACAACGCUGUCGCGGAUGUAUAAUCGUGUAGCUCGGAAAUUAAAGGAUUCUCAAGCAAGCUUUUCGAGCGACCGCCCGAUAUCUUCGAGAUCGCGUUAGGAAAAUGGCGUGGUUGUUGAUGAGAUGUUCACAAAAAAAACAGAGAAAAAGAACAGAUCAGUCAAGCAAUGCAUUCACUCUGUGAGCGACUUGUCUACGAGAGAUAAUCCUGAAAUGCAGAACAUCGUAAAUUCUGCCUUAAAGUCUCGGCGAUGCGCCGGUUCGACGACGCGAACAGAAUGUUGCAACGCCGUGCGUUAACUCACGACUUCCCCAGUAAUUCGAUCGCAAACGUGUUGUUCAUCGGCGUCAACUGACACUCCAUCCGUAGCGUCGAACCGAAAAGGACCACGAGGGGACCACCUUGCUCCAAGAUGAGAGAACGUUUGUUCGUGCCGACAGUGCGAGGGCGGAAAGCGUGCGUUUCCGAUUCUUCAUUUAGAAAAUGUUUCUCGCACUCUGGCAAACAGCAAAUUGUAUUAUCGUCCACGCAUCGUGCGCGAAAUAACGAUCCAGGUAGAUUAACGACCUCGUUUCGCUUUAUCGCACGUCCGAGAGAUAUCGCUAAUCUCUGCUGCAUCUUUACUUGGCAAUGUCUCUUUGUCUAGAAAGGCAGUCCUCUCGCAGUUCUCUCGCAUUUUUACCUCUGAAAUGUGUAUCACGCGUCUCGCGAGGUUGCCUGGUAAUCGAUUGAUAAUAUUGCGGGAGUUUCGCGUGGGACAAAGACGGAUUCGUUUGAUCGAUACCGUUGCGGAUGUGAUAACGACGACGGCGACGAAGAUAACGACUAUGACGACGACAAUGACGACGAUAACGGUGACAAAUGUGGCGGAAGGGGAGGGGGAUGGAAGAGCGUGCGUAGUGUGCUUCGUUGACUUUCGUUAAUUUUUUCCAAAGUGUACAUUAAAAAUACCAGCUUUUGCGCGACGACGGCUGUAAGAUAUAACAAAAAAAUAAUAGGGCUUUCCUUCGUUAAGCGAGGUAAGACGAGGUUUAACGUACUUUCUCCGAGGACGAUACUGCCGUUACCGCAUUGUAUAAAAGAGAACUAAGUUAACUAAUCGUAAAUGCACGAAAAUUUUCUUAAACGGAUAGCAACAAAAAGGGCUUUGUAGUGUCUCGAUACUCUCGAAUCAUUAAUCCUACGUCGUGAGAUAAUAAAUAAUGAUAUUAAUGAAUAUAAAAAGAUAAAUAAAUAAAUAAAUAUGAAACAAAAAUCCUAGAGCUGGGCUAAAGCAUUGUAAAGUGUCAAGCUACGGAGCCUGUCGGCCAGUAUAAAUGAACAAGCAACUGCCAUGGGUCAUCAAGCUAGGUAGAAACGUGCUAAGAAUCCAAUUUUAACGAGCUAGCUGUCGAAACAUUAAAAAAAAAAUACGCGCGAAGGAUCGUCCAUUAAAAAAAAUCUGCGUAUGUGUGCGUGUGUGUGUGUGUGCGCGUUUGCGCGUGUUUGUGCGGACACGCGCGGAGAUCGAACGCUUGUGACACGUGCGUGUCCAUGCGUGGACGCGCGCGUGCACACAAACGAGAUAUGCGAGAGAAUGAGAAAACGAGAGAACGAGCAGAGAGAGAGAGAGAGAGAGAGAGAGAGAGAGAGAGAGAGAAAGCUCCUCCGUUGAGAAUACGACAUUCAUUACUACUUAACCGGAUAAAUAACAAGAGAAAAUAUGGGUUAUUUGCACAAUAUUAUAAAUAUAAUUACUAUGUUUACUACGAUUAUUAAAUUAAAAAGCAAAUAAUAAGAGGAUAAAGAAAAACUGUUGUUAAAUAAUUAAUACAAAAAAGAGAGAGAGAGAGAGAGAAAGAAAGAAUGAGCGAACAAAGAGAACUACUAAUAAAACGAUUUAAGCUUAUGGACGACAUUGGGUCAAAGCGAAAAGCGACGAGGACGGGAAGACGA